AUGACUAUUAUAUCUCUCACAAUAUUCUUGACAACAGAAUGCACUUCCCUUCUAGUAAUAAAAGUUCUUUGUACCACAACGUUUUGUAUUAUAUAUGUAAUAAAAUAUAAUUCAUUUUGGAUUAACGCUCGUAAUGUAAAACAUUUAAUGGAACGACUACAGCAAAUCUGUAACGAAUUAAAAGAUGAGAAUGAGAUAAAUAUCAUGAAAAAAUAUGGAAACAAUACAAAACAUUAUACAACAGCAAUUACGUUAUUUUGCAUAUGCACUGUGCUUAUCCCUACUAUAAUACCAAUUCUGAAGCCAAUCUUUAAUAUUGUUUUGCAUGUAAAUAAAUCUCAGUCACGUGAAAUAAUACACUUCACGAUAAUUCAGGAGUAUUUUAUCGAUCAAGAAAAGUAUUCGUUUUUAAUUAUGUUGCAUAUGAAUACAUUCAUAUGUAUAGGAGCGAUUACAUUAACAGGAACAGGAACAAUGCUUUUAGGAUAUAUGGAACACGGAUGUGGAAUGUUUAAAAUUGCCAGUUACCGUAUGGAGCAAGCAAUGAGGAUUAAAGUAUUUAAAAAAAUUAGCACAAAAGACGAAAUUAUGAUUCAUAAAGAAAUAAUUUAUGCCGUCGACAUUCAUCGCAAAGCUAUAAAGUAUGUGGAACUUUUGUUAUCCAACUUUGAAGGAUCAUUCGUUUUAUUAAUACUAGUCGGUGUGAUAUCUUUAAGUCUUAAUCUUUUCGCAAUUUUUUGGGCUAUUUCAGUUGGAAACAAGGAAGACUGCAUUUUUCAUUUUAUUUUCGUGUCUUGCGUUCUUGUAUACAUGUUUUUGGCAAAUUAUUUUGCACAAGAAGUUUUGAAUCACAAUAAUAACGUUCAUGCUAGCGCGUACAAUGUUCAUUGGUAUAUAGCACCUAUACAAACGCAAAAGUUAAUUCUUUUCAUAUUGCAGAAAGAAAGCAAAAUUUUUGUCUUAAAACUCGGCAAAUUAUUUAGUGCAUCGUUAGAAUCUUUUGCCAUGUUAAUAAAGUUAUCGAUAUCAUAUUUCACUUUUAUGUAUUCUAUGCAGCAGUGA